AUGGUUAUCGAGAUGAACGCAGCCACUCUUGUCUUUCAUCAGCUGAGAGAGCAUGUGCAGGCUGAGAUGAUGAUGGAUGACGGGACUGGAACUUCUGCGAACACCUCCAGGCCGCAGCAGAAGCCCCCACAGCUGAAGCCCCCACCCCCUAAAACAGAAUGCUCCAUGAAGUUCCCUGCAGAGGUCUCUUGUGGUUUUUGUGGCUGUGGGUGGUUGUAA